UCUCAAUAGAACUCAAUAGAACUCAGUCAAACAUCAUGUUGACAGCAAUCCGUGUGAACUCUCACUCGGCCACCCGCGCCAUCACUGCUGCUGCUGCUGCUGCUACUGCUGCUACUACUACUACUUUAUCUGCUGCUCCGAUCUCAGCUGCCAGUCGUAUGGCGCUGUCCACAUCCGCAGCGUCGUGGCAGGAGCAGCCGCGCUAUCCGCCGCCGCCGCCGCGCGCCCGUGACGCUGCGCCGUUCAGUCAGACCGUCCCAGGCGUGCAAGCGUCGUCUUCAUCGUCGUCCUCGGCGAGUGGUGCUGGAUUGGCCGCCGCCGCUGCUUCGACCGCCGACGCCUCGCCCAAGAGUGGAGAUCUCGCUUCGUCGGGAUCGGCGUCGUCCUCGUCCUCGUCCGGCAGCAAGCGUUCAGAGUCAAAUCAUGGCGAUGACAAGAAGACCACCGGUCGAGUUCGUGCGACUGGCACGGCGACGGUGUUUGGCUUUUUGACGGGCUUUGUCGCCUCCGGAGUCUUUGCGUAUUACUACUUGAUGGAAGACGUCAACAAGUCGGCGCGUUCGUUGCGACGCAAGAUGGACGAGCUGCAGCGUUCGACCGAGAAGGUGGCCCUGUCGCUGCAAAAAAUCCACACGCUCGAGCGCGAGCUGCAGAGCCUGAAGAAUAGCGCUGCUCUUGCCGAGGAUGUUCGCGCCCUCCGUAACGACUUUGAGUCUUCUUCGAACGCCCUUCAGGUCUCCAUCACCACACAGAAUGCCCAAAACUACGAGACACACAAUGCAAUUUUCAGAUUGCUCGAGAAGCGCGGCAUCCGACCAACCGUUUCGGCGCCACCACAAGAGCCAUCCACUGGCGCUGAUGAGCAGCAAUCUCCCGCGUCGCCUCCCCCAGCACCCGUUGAAGAAGACGCCCAAGCUGCAGCCUUCAACGACCGGACAGACUAGGCUCUGCGCUCAUGGUUUCUGUGUUGAUCUCGUCCAAUGCUUUGGUUGCCCAAAAUACAACUGUG